CUGAUGAGAUACAACAAUAAGGAGAUCCGGAUCGUGAUGGUGGGGAAGACCGGAGCUGGGAAGAGCAGCACAGGAAACACCAUUCUGGGAAGAAGAGAGUUUACAUCAAGGUUCUCCCCUAUAUCAGUGACCAUAUUCUGCUCCAAGGCCAGUGGUGAGGUGGAUGGACAGAAGGUUGCUGUCAUCGACACUCCAGGUCUGUUUGACACCCGUACUGAUGAAGAGAAAACCAGUAAAAACAUCGCCCAGUGCAUCUCUUUUGCUGCUCCUGGACCCCAUGUCUUCUUGAUUGUUAUCAAACUAGACAGAUACACUGAGGAGGAAAAAAAGACGGUGGAGAGGCUUAAGAAAAUCUUUGGACCAGAAGCAGACAAAUUCAGCAUGGUCCUCUUCACCCAUGGUGACCUGCUCAGAGGAGGGUCUAUAGAGAAGUUCUUGGAGGACAGCGAGGAGCUGCAGGAGCUUGUGGAAAGGUGUAACAGCCAGUACCACGUCUUUGACAACAACCUGGAGGAUCAGUCUCAGGUCAGAGAGCUGCUCAGCAAGAUCAAAAACAUAACAGAGAGGAACGGAGGAAACCACUACACCACUGAGACUUUCCAGAAAGCAGAGAGGGCGAUCGAAGAGGAGAAACAAAGAAUCCUGAGAGAGAAAGAGCUGAAAAUGCACAAAGAAAGGGAGAAACUGGUGAAGGAAAUAGAGAAAAAAUAUCAGCAACAAAUAAGAGAAGCACAAGGUGAUCUGGAGAAAGAGAAACAGCAAAGAGAAGCUUUGCAGAAAGAAAAAGAAGUGAAAAUAAAAACACUGAAAGAAGAGCAGGAGAGGAGGGCAAGGAAGGAAGCAGAGAACAGCUCUAGAGUACUUGGGAUCAUAACAGGGGUCUGUACAGUGCUUUUCUUCACUCUGUUGUUGCUCUGA